AUGGGCUCCGGAUUCCUCGCAGGUCUUCGUCCGGACCGCAGGAGGUUCUCCAACCGGAUCGCCAUGCUGAUGAGCUGGUCGAGUGACAGGUUGUCAUCACGGCAGGCUAACUCCAAUUGUACCUCCUCCUGCAGUUCGCUGCGGAACACGCUAUAUGAGCAUCUUCCUGCCCGGCUAGAGCAGUGCCCCUGGUCUCUGGUAUACAGCACCCAGAGACACGGCACCAGCCUGGGCACUCUGUACAAGAGCAUGGGGGGCAUGGACUGUAGCACCAGUACCCUCACUGUCAUCAGAGACAACUAUGGACAGGUGUUUGGUGCAUUUUGUCCCACUACUCUUCGAAUCAGUCUGUCAUACUAUGGAACAGGACACACAUUCCUCUUCUCCUUCUCUCCACAACUCCAGGUUUAUGAAUGGAAGUUUAGUAACUCCUUCUUUGUGAAGGGAAGUCCAGACUACCUGGCAUUUGGUGGAGGAGGGGGUCUCUUUGGCCUGUGGUUAGACGAUGGCCUGAUCCAUGGGCGGAGCCAGAGGUGUGACACAUUUGACAAUGACGUGUUGUCCUCCUCUGAUGACUUCCUCAUCAACGACCUGGAGGUUUGGGCCAUCUCCUGAAGACAAGGGACUGCAUGGUACUGCUUACAUAAACAUUAUACAACCAUUGUGACAGUUGAUCUCAUCUGAGGAUCCCAAAGCGUGGCUCCCUGUGCAAGGUGAUUCAACUCCAUCACCUCAUUAUUUUCCAUUACAAACAGAUAAGGCCCCUAACUCACCAUCUUCAGAAGCAUUGGGAAAACAGAAAUAGAGUACUACUGGCCUCUGGUGUUCAAUUAUUUAGACAGUGUGUAAUAAUCACUCCUCUCUCUGUUGGCCUUAUUUUCUGCUUGGUAUGUCUGUAUCAGUCUGUGGAGAUUUUAAUUAGUUCAGAAACGUUCUGCUGAGAGUUAAACAAUGAAAGGACAGUCAGAUUAGCACAGUUGACUGGUCAAUCUCAAUCAAUAACACAUGAUGGGCUCCCAAGUGGCGCAGCGGUCUAAGGCACUGCAUCUCAGUGCUUGAGGCGUCACU